AUGCAGAUACUGGACAUAAACCAGAAGGACUACGAUCAGAAGCGUCCCGUGUACGAGGACAUCAAGAUUGACACGGCGUUUCGCAAGAUCAGCCCUCGCUCGAUCGGAUUCCACAUCUGGCGCAUCCAGAACGAUCACGUGGAAACGCUACCGAAAGAUCAGUACGGGACGUUCUACGAUGAGUGUGCGUACGUUGUGUACGCGGCGGCGCUGGCUGGGACCGCCUGUGACAAGACCACCCUCAGUCGCGAGAUCAAAACUCCCGGUGCGGUCAUCGAGCGGAACAUUCACUUCUGGCUCGGGGCCAACAUUGCCCCCGAGCGCUCCAAAGCGGCAGCGUACAAGAUAAUUGAGCUGGAUUUCCAUCUCGACCACAAGACCACACAGUUCCGCGAAUCGCAAGGAAACGAGGGCAUUCGGUUCCUGUCCUACUUCAAGGAGGAUGGCAUUCUGGUCCACAGCGGUACCGAUCCAUCGUCGACUCCUGCUGAGCCGAGAUUGUAUCAGAUCAACGGCAAUGCUCCCCUCCGCUGUGUUCAGCAGAAAACGAUCAGCUGGCAGUGCUUCAACAGUGGGCAGAUCAUGCUUCUCCAAACGGCUGGUAUCGUUUUCGUAUGGAUCGGCCGCGUAACAGCGUCAGCGGAUCGUGUCUUCGGCGUAAAGGUUGGCCGGCGGCUGAAGGAGCUCCACGGAAUCGCGGAGCUAACCAUCGUCGACGAUGGUUACGAGCAGUCGAUGGGUAUCGGCCAGAAGGAUAUCUGGAACGGCUAUCUGAACCUAGCGAAACGCUUCGUCAAGCCGAUGCCACCGACACCGUCCGCAACCGAUCUGCUGCUAAAGCUGUACCAGUGCGACACGGUGAACGGAGUGUUCCGGGUGGAGCUCGUCAAAACGGGGGCCCUCGAGCAGGCGGAUCUGUACGGGCGCGAUAGUAUCUACAUCGUGGACUACUUUCCGCGCUCGAUCUGGAUCUGGAUCGGCCGCAGCUCGCACAAGCAGAACCGAGCGGAAGCGAUGCGACACGUCCGAGGGUACGUCAUCAAGAAGGGAUAUCCAGCGAGUACGCCGGUCGCUCGCGUCAUAGAUGGGCUGGAACCGUCCGAAUUUAUCGGCCUCUUUCCAAGCUGGACCAGUGCCGACAUCAACGGGAACACCGUCAAGGGAACGUUGUCGGAAAAGUUUGACGCCCUAACGCUGAUCCAACGGCCUCGGCUGGCCGCUCGCAUUCAGCUGAUUGACGAUGGGUGCGGCGACACUACGGUCUAUCAAAUCGGUGUCGAUGAAGUGAAGGAAGUUCCGUCGAAGUACGCCAAAACCUUCUACUCGGGCAACUGCUACGCCGUACACUAUCAGGUUGUGCUCAGUACCGACCUCAGUACCGGUUCGCUGCCGAACUCGAUCCGGAACAUUGUGUAUCUGUGGUGCGGAUUGAAUGCUCCUCCGGAGCACCGUGCCAUCGGAGAAGCAUUCCUGGUGGAGCUGUCUGACCACCUGAAACGGAACGUGGUGCAGGUGCGCAUCAGCGAGGGCAUGGAGCCGCCCCACUUCCUGCAGAUCUUCAAGGGCGCCCUGAUUGUGCUUAACGCCCAGGAUGCGUGUCUCGAGCAGCGGGGCUUGCUAGACAUCCGCCAGUACCCGACCAGCUUCGUGCUGAAGGUUGUCGGCAACACGACCUACAGCUGCAAGGCGGUGCAAGUGUCGAGCAAGACGCUCUACUACCCGGAGGACUGCUACAUCCUGAAGGCGCCCGACAACGAGGUGUGGAUCUGGUGCGGCCAGUAUUCGACCGGUGACUCACGCGAGAUGGCCAAAGCAAUCGCCAGCCACCUGGGCGAGUACAAUCUCGUGAUGGAGUCGAACGAGACGGACGAGUUCUUUUCCUCGGUCGGGGAAAAGUUUCUCAUGCAGCUAAAGAAAACGACCGUGGCCGGGAAUAUCAUCGUUCCGACGGCAGUCGGGGGCCAGAGUGUGGCCCAAACGUGGGACCGGGCACUGAUUGCGCUGCACCACUGUCAGCUAUUGCCGGACGACGGUAGUCCGACGUUGCGCCAGAUCUUCGCCUUUUCACAGCACGAUCUUCGCCCGGAUGGGAUCUUUUUGCUCGACGCAGGAAGUAUGGUGUACGUGUGGAUCGGAGAGCAGACCGCACCGGAGGAAGCAGCCCAGGGUUGGGAGCUAGCGAAACUGCUCAUCUCGACACAUCCGGUGAAGAGGGAUCCAGCGAUGCCAGUCGCCGUGAUACGUCAGGGUGAAGAACCGAUCACUUUCGUUGGGUUCUUUGAAACUUGGGACAACAAGUACUUCCAGACGUGUGUUCUGUACGAACAUCUCCGGACGGAGAUCGACUAUCCGGACGGGGUCGGUGCGGGACGAAAUGGUGCACCCAUACCGGCAGCCCGCACUUCCGUGCGGAGCGACGAUGGCAGCAGCGAUGAUUUCUUCGAUCGCCAUCAAAAGUACCCGUUGGACAUGCUACGCGGGGGUGACGCGACCCAGCUGCCGGCCAGUAUUAAUCCGUCGCGGAAAGAGAUCCACCUGACACACGAUGAUUUUGUGACCGUGUUCGGCAUGACGUAUCACGAGUUCGAGGAGCUGCCCAAGUGGAAGCAAGUGCAGCUGAAGAAGCAGCGAAAAUUGUUUUAAGUAAGCAAGUGGCCUGCGGCCGAUACUAACACCUUCCAUUCUGUUAUGUUUCCAUUUUCCAUUUUUUUAUUAUUAUU